AUGGCGAAGAAGCGGACCAAGAAGAGAACUCAUGCUGCGGCAAACCCCAAUGCCAAAAAUGGCGCCCCCGUCUCAGCAGGGAAGAUCGACAAGAACGACCCGAAGAGCAUGGUCAUCCGGAUCGGUGCAGGCGAGGUCGGCUCGAGCAUCAGCCAAUUGGCCACGGACGUGCGAAAGGUGAUGGAGCCUGGCACGGCAAGUCGCCUGAAGGAGAGGAAGGCCAACAAGCUGCGAGACUACGUUACAAUGUGCGGCCCCCUGGGCGUCACGCACCUGCUGCUCUUCUCGAGGUCGUCGUCUGGAAAUACGAAUCUGCGUGUGUCCACCACGCCCCAAGGUCCAACACUGAACUUCCGAGUUGAGAAAUACUCGCUGGCAAGAGACGUCAAGCGGGCGCAAAAACACCCUUUGGGUGGUGGCAAGGAGUACAUCACUCCCCCAUUGCUCGUCAUGAACUCGUUGACUAGUGAGCCUGGUAAAGGCUCUGACAAGAUACCCCGACACCUCGAAACACUUGUCACAAGUGUGUUCCAUGGCCUCUUUCCACCAAUCAAUCCCCAGGUUGCGCCCUUGAAGUCGAUCCGCCGAGUGCUUCUCCUCAACCGCGAGCGAUCCCCAGAAGAUGACGGCUCCUACAUAUUAAACUUCCGACACUAUGCGAUCACGACGAAGGUCACGGGUGUCUCCAAAGCAGUCAAGAGGCUGAAUGCAGCAGAGAGGUUGAUGAACAGCAAGAGCCGGAAGGGCAAACUCCCCAAUUUGAGCAAGCUCCAGGAUAUCGCAGAUUACAUGAUUGGGGGCGAGAACGGCGAUGGCUACACAACCGAUGCCACCAGCGGUAGCGAGGUCGACACAGAUGCUGAGGUGGAGGUUCUUGAGGCCGACAAGCGGAAGAAGGUCGCGGCCAGACGUGCUGCUGCUGCCGCCGCCGCCGCAGCCGAGGAGGAGGAGGAAGAGGAGGAGGCAGCCGAGACCAACGACAGGGUGGAACGGCGAGCAGUCAAGCUUGUCGAACUGGGACCGCGCAUGAAGUUGCGAUUGACCAAAGUCGAGGAGGGGCUCUGCGGGGGAAAGGUCAUGUGGCACGAGUAUAUCAAUAAAUCAAAAGAGGAGAUCCAAGAGCUUGAAAAGGUAUGGCAGAAGCGCAGACAAGAAAAAGAGGCUCGCAGGAAAGAGCAGCGGGAGAAUGUCGAGAAGAAGCGCAAGGCGAAGCGUGGACAGAAGGGUGGGAAGGAUGGAGAGGAAGAAGGUGACGACGAUGAGAUGGAUCUCGAUGAUCUUGGAAGCGAUGCGUACGACUACAUGGACGACGAGGAUGGCUUUGACAGCGAGGGACUGGAGGGCGAUGCGGAGGCCCAGACGAACGAGCAGGCCGAGGAGAACGGGGACUGGGAGGAUGAAGAAGAGGAAAUAGCAAAUGCCCACCGAUAG